AGUAAAUUUACGAAUGUCCUUCAGAUUGCAAGUCACAGAUCCCGUCAAAGAUAAAAUAUCAAUGUUGGAAGUCGAAUAAACACUUACUGUAUUGGACUUAAAAGCAUUAAUAGAAGUUGAAGUAACCUUUAUUCUUAAAUCCAAGUUCCAACUAGCUGUCGCUCGACAAUAAUUGAUUUAUGGAGGAAGAGUAAUGAAUGAUAAUGAUACUCUCUCAAAAUAUAAUAUGCAAAAUGAAGACUUGGUUCUUAUUGAAAGAAAACCCAAAUAGUAAAGAACCCCAUUGGAAUUGGAAGCCAUCAAAUUUAUCAAGCAUUUCCAACAAAACCCCCAUUUAAUCGAGGCUAUCAGAAUCAAAGAUCCAAAACUAGCGGAAUCAAUAGAAAAAAAGAAAUUAGCAGGUGUCAUGGAAUACAUUUAGAAUUAAGUACUAAUAUUAAUUCAUUUUAGCAAUAAAAAAAAUUCUAAGAGUAACAAGAAAACAUCAGGAAACUGUAACAAUUGGAAUAGGAUCCUCUGAACCCUGAAAAUCAGAAGCUAAUUGAAGAAAUGAUCAACAAAAAAAAUAUUGAAGAAAAUCGAGAAUAUGCAGAAGAAUACAUUCCAGAAAGUUUUGGAACUGUUACUAUGUUAUACAUUGAACUCUCAAUAAACCGUCAUCCAGUACAGGCCUUUGUUGACAGUGGGGCGCAAAGCACAAUCAUGUCCAAAGCUUGUGCAGAGAGAUGUGGAAUCAUGAGAUUGGUUGAUACUCGUUUUUAAGGUAUCGCUCAAGGAGUGGGUACAUAAAAAAUCAUUGGAAGAAUACAUGUUGUUGAGAUGUAGAUAUUGGAUCAAGUAAUCAAUUCAUUUUUAUAAUUAGUUUUUGCCAUGUUCUUUGACUAUUUUGGACGGAGAUGGUAUCGAUUUUCUGUUUGGAUUAGAUAUGCUCAAAAGAUAUUAAGUAAUUAUUCUCUCAUAUCAUUAGUGCAAUAUUAAUUUGAAGGAUAAUUGUUUAAUCUUUCCAAAUGAAAAAUUAAGUGUUUAAUUUCUUCCAGAAGGUUAAAUUAAUAAAAGAAUAAGCAUUUAAUAAGAAGAAGAAAUCUUAAAAAGACAAAACAGUGACUCAUAGAUAUAAGAAGAGUAGCCUGUCAAAAAUUCAAAUUAGCCUUAAUAACAAUAAUAGCCAUAAUAAUAAUAGCAAUAAUAAUAAUAAUAACAAUAAUAAUAAAAAUAAUAAUAACCAAGUGCCAUUAAAAAUAAUUCCAGAUAUCCAGAUACUUCAAUUUAGGCAAUUAUCAAUCUUGGUGUCACUAGAGCUGAAGCAAUAAUUGUAUUAGAUUAAACUAAUGGAAAUGUAGAACUAGCAGCAUCUAUUAUAAUGUAGUAAAAAUAUGGUUUCAACUGA